AUGACUAGUAAUAGUAGUACUUCUGAUGGAACUUCAAUUAAAGUAUCAGAAAAAGUUUCUCAUUUUAAACAAGAUGUAUGGUCUAUUUUCACACCCUUGGCUGCAAGACUUAAUGCUGUAAACUUGGGACAAGGUUUUAUGAAUUUUCCACCUCCAGAUUUUGUAAAGGAAGCGGCUAAAGAUGUUUUACUUUAUCAAGAUAGUAAUCAAUAUAGUCAUCCUAAAGGUAGAAUUCGUUUAAGGCAAGCAUUAGCAAAUACUUAUGGGCCUUUAUUAAACAACAGAACAUUGGAUCCCGAGACUGAAAUUGUAAUUUCUGCUGGCGCAAAUGAAGGACUUUAUUCUAUUUUUGCAGGAUUUUUGGAUGAAGGUGAUGAAUCAAAUAUUACAAUGAAUGGUGGCGUACCAGUCUAUGUGCCAUUAAGACCGCAAGGUGACAUCAUUAAUAAGGUGAUUUCUUCAGCAGAUUGGAAAUUGGAUUUUAAUGAAUUGGAAUCAAAAAUCACAAAAAAAAGUAAAAUGAUUGUUUUUAAUACUCCUCAUAAUCCUGUUGGAAAAGUUUUUUCUAUUGAUGAAAUGAUGGAAAUUGCUAAAAUUGCUCAAAAACAUAAUUUACUUUAUUUUAAACCAGAUGUUCAUGAACGCAUUGCCAAUCUUCCAGGAAUGUGGGAUCGCACAAUAACUGUUGGAAGUGGAGGUAAAACUUUCGGUGUUACUGGUUGGCGUGUUGGAUGGUCGAUAGGACCAGAAAAAUUGAUAAAGACUGUAUUAUCUGCACAUACUAGAAUUGUAUUUUGUGUAAAUUCACCACUUCAGGAAGCACUGGCUAUUUCUUUAGAAAAAGCUGACGAGUCAAAUUAUUAUGAAGAAAAUUGUGAACAAUAUAAAUUACGUCGUGAAAAAUUAAUGAAUGCACUAUCUGAUGCUGGAUUACCAUAUACAAUACCACAAGGAAGUUAUUUCAUACUAGCCAACACCUCAAAAAUCAACAUCCCAUCAGACUUUGAAUACCCAGAAGUCAUACAAUCCAGGACAAAAGAUUAUAAAGUUUGUUAUUGGAUGGCAAAAGAAAUCGGUGUUGUGACAAUUCCGCCUAGCGAGUUUUAUUGUGAUGAGAAUAAAUGGAUGGCUUACGAUUAUGCUAGAUUUGCUUUUUGUAAAACUGAUGAAACUUUAGAUCAAGCUGCUACAGCAUUGAAAAAAUUAAAGAAAUAUAUUAAAGAAUAA